AAUAACACAUGGCGAGAGAACUCAAUAUGACACCUGUCUGAUGUCAAUGGAACCUCAAAAUUUAAAAGCUCUCGAAAACUGACAUUAGUUUAAACAAAUUAACAGAAGCGUUAAGAUAUAAUAGCUCAAGCUAUGAUAUUUUUUUUGAAUUUAGUAGGAUCUUUUGGUUUAUAUUUGUACUUCACACAACUUGGUCAACAAACUGAAGGAUGUCGAAUUAUGGAGCGUCGCCCGUGUAUUCCCAAMCAAAACCUAACACGUCACGUGAUUUCACGUCACGAAGUAGACAGUGACGAGACAUGUAGUCUGCAAUGUUACAUGGAAAAGUGGUGCGUCUCAUACAACUUAGGGCCAAAAAGUGGUGUCAACCGAGCAUGCGUACUCAGCCACUCUGACCACGUGAUUCAUCCUGGUGAUAUUCAAAAGGGAACAACAUAUGAUUAUUGCUUUUAUCAGAAUCCUUGUUCUUCAAAUCCGUGCUCUAGUGGUCGCUGUAGGCCAGACGAGACUUUCACAAAGUACGAAUGCGUUUGCUUUACUGAUGACCCAUGCUACAAAGGUAAGACAGCCGCGUGGCCACUGGUCGGUUUGAUGUGA